AUGACGGUUGCAGAACAAACGAUCCCAGUGCGCAGCGAAGGGAUGGAGAUGACCACUCUGCCCGGUGAUGUCGUUGAAUAUAGAGCGAGACUUCCAACGACUAUCGCAGGCAACGCCACGCGACUCGGAGAAAACACGACCCAAGAGAUGUCCAGCCACAGCGGAUCGUUUGCGGGGAACAGAAGCCCCACGGGUGUCAAAUUUUGGCUCCUUAUGCUUAAUCUAGGCGCUGUCUUGAUCCUUAUCAGCAUAGACAUGAAUAUUGUUGCGACUGCUGUGCCUACAAUAACCGACCAUUUUCAUUCCGUCGCAGAUGUUGGCUGGUAUUCGUCUGCCUUUAGGCUGUGCCAGUGUGCUUUCCAAUUUGUCUUCGGAAAGGCGUACAGAUUGUUCUCAAUCAAGCGCGUUUUUCUACUUGCCAACGUUAUUUCAAUAGUAGGAUCGCUGCUCAGUGGAAUAGCUGUCACUUCAACAAUGCUUAUUCUCGGAAGAGCUGUUGCUGGGCUAGGUGCUGCCGGGCUCCUUUCCGGAUGCUUUAUCAUUCUCGUCCAAUCGACAGAUCUGAGGAGACGUCCUAUGUUCACGGGAAUUAUGGGUGCAGUUGAAGGGCUCGCCACUCUCUCUGCGCCAAUUCUUGGCGGUGCCAUUGUACAAUCACUUGGUUGGCGAUGGUGCUUCUAUAUUAAUGGCCCAAUCGGCGUUGUCACCAUCAUGUUGACGAUAUUUUGCUUCGCAGAUACGCCGAAGCCUGGCGGUAUUGAAAGGUUAGAAUUAAAGCAAAAGAUCUCGCAGCUUGACUUGAUGAGCAAUAUGCUCUUAAUCCCGGCCAUGACCGGCCUGUUCCUCGCAUUAUCCUGGGCUGGUACCAAAUAUCCAUGGAAUAGUGGCCCAGUGAUAAGUCCUUUGAUUUCUUUCAUCCUUUUAACAGCAGCCUUCAUCUACAACCAAAAACGCCGAGGUAACGAGUCCGCCCUGCCGCUACGUAUAAUGAAGCACCGUAGCAUCAUCGCUGGUUUUAUCUUCAUCAUGUGCGUCAACAGCACCGGAAGCGUGCUUGAAUAUUAUCUUCCCACCUAUUACCAAGUGGUUCGUGGAUAUACGCCUGCGAAAAGCGGCUACAUGAUGCUACCUAUCAUCAUCGCCGGUACUAUUGGCUCUUUAGUCCACGGCUUUGGUACAAGUAUCUUUGGGUAUUACGCACCCUUUAUGGUGUUCGCCUCUACCAUCUUGCCGAUCGCCGCAGGCCUCAUCACGACGGUCAAAAUCAAUACCAGUUUUACGCAACUGAUCAUCUAUACCGGAUUCUCUGGUCUUGCUUAUGGCAUCGGAUUUUCAGGGCCCCAAAACGCAGUGCAAACCGUGUUAGUCGCAGAGGAUGUCCCACUUGGCACUUCUAUCAUGCUCUUCGCGCAGUCAUUUGGUCCGACCGUCGCGGUCGCUAUUGCGCAGGUUCUUUUUGUCAAUCAACUUUCCACCAACCUUAAUGUCCUAAUACCGGGAAUAAGUCAGGCAGAUCUUGGAACAUCAAGUCUCAACCAUAUUGUCGCGAGUGUGUCUUCGGAAAAGUCGCGAGAUGUCCUAAUCGCGAUCGAUAAGAGUCUCAUCCAAACGUGGUAUCUAGUGGUUGGGUUGGCGUGCACAACGAUGAUAGGGAGUUUGCUGAUAGAAUGGCGAUCAGUUAAAUCUAGGCGCGACUAA